AUGGCAUUGAGUAGUAGGUGGAAAAUAUUGAAUAAAGAGUUAGGGAAAUGGAGAGAUGUGUUAGCAAAAGUUAGGGACAAUGUUCGAAGCAGUGAAAAUCUUGGCAAUGAGAUUAUGCAAGCACAUAUGUGGUUUGGUGCAAUUGGGCAAGGCAAAAAAUCUUUCAACCAUCAAGAAUGUUGGGAGCUGCUGGACCAGAAACUUGAAAACAGACAGAAAAGAAGGCUUAAGGAAGAAGGGUGUGGACUUUUGGGUUUGGCUGAUAACAACUAUUUUGUGCGCUCUGCAAAUCCCGUCCGUUGUUCAGGUUCUCAAAGCGCAACAUUCGCCUUAAAGACUGUAGCUUUUGCUAGCUUUUGCCCACCAAAACCCAACCAAAUGACCGAAGCUCCAAGCUUGGUAUCUCAUCGUCUUCUUCGGCUUUGCCUUUUCUCUCACCUUCACUCUGCAACAAGCUAA